AUGAACGAGGCGACGCUGAAACCGUUCGACGCGGAGUCGCCGCUGUGGGACUGCGUCGUGGUGACGCGGAAGAAGACGAGCGCGGCGUGGGAUGGGGACGCGAAAACGAGCCCAGAACCACCGGUGGUGAUGUUUCGAGUGAGCCACGCGAUCGGGGAUGGGAUCGCGCUCGUGGAUGUUUUGAAAAAGGUGUCCACGGCGCUCGACGGGGGCGACAUGCGUUUGUUGGAUUUCAAGCGGCGCGCGGCCAAGGCGCACAAAUCCGUUUUAGCUGUUAUUUGGGCGUUCAUCACGUUUAUUUUCGUGUGCAUUUACGGCGCGUUGAAGGCUGUGUUCACCGCGGCGGGGCCGUAUGACACGAAGACCACGUUUAAAGGGUCGCGCAAGCGGCGCGUCGUUGUGUGUCCGCCGAUACCCAUGGAAGAUGUUAAGAAGAUUAAAAACGGCAGCGGGUGUACGGUGAACGACAUCGUCGUCGCUGCUUUGGCGGGGGCGAUUCAGCAGUACCUGGAAGAGAUGGGCGAUAAGAGCGCGGCGAAGAAGCCGCUCAUUCGCGCGGCGACGCCGUACGCUUUCCCCAAUCGCGUCGUCGGCGCGCUGACAAAUUCCUGGACGUUUGUCUCUUUGACGUUUCCCAUGGGUGUCAUGAGUGCUGCCGAGCGCCUGUCAAAGGCGCAAAAGGUUUGCAACUUUAUGAAGCGAUCGCCUGAACCGUACGUCACCCGCGCGUUGAACGAAGUCGUUGCCACGGCGGGUCCCGACGUGCAGCGUCAAGUCGUCUUCGAUUACAUGUCUCGGCACAGUAUGGUCUUCACCAACGUCCCGGGGCCGACGGAACCGAUUUUAUUAAUGGGCUCUCGCGUGCGCGAUAUUGUUUUUGCGUGUUCGAACCUCGUCAAUCAAGUAAGCGUGUUCAGUUACGCCGGUAACCUUCGCCUAACGUUAGUCGUCGACCCAGACGCGACGCCGGACGCCGACUACAUCGGUGAAGCGUUCGCGCGUGAGAUCCAGACGCUGCGUGCGAACGUGUCAAAUUAA